CUGCGCCCGCUUACCACGUAUUAUAUCCUGCGCAUAUUCGCUCGCGAUAAAUUUGUGUUGCAUGAAAUGUACACAAACCUGUGGAGGAACAGACGAGAACGGAAACAUCCUAGCUAUUUCUGAUCGAAACGGGCAUUUUUACAGAUUUUUAGUCUAAUCCAGACACUACAUUAAAAUGAUGGAAGGCCUACUCAACAUUGAGCAGUUGCUCCAAGCUGCAGAGUUUUUGGAAAGGAGAGAAAGAGAACAUGGUUAUGCAUCACCAUACACACAUGAAGCAAAUAAUAAGAGGAAACACCGGGUGAAGAGGCUGAAUUCCAAUAGUAGCCGAUCAACGCACAAUGAAUUGGAGAAAAAUAGGCGCGCACAUUUAAGAACGUGCUUGGAGAGACUAAAAGAAAUGGUACCACUCGAUGGAGAUAUGCCUCGCCACACCACACUAGGUCUCUUAACAAAUGCAAAAGAAUUCAUUGUGGAUCUGGAGGAGAAGUCCGCGCGGUUUGCCUUACACAAAGACCAGCUAUGCAGAGAACAGCGCUUCCUAAGACGGAGACUGGAUUACUUACAGUCUACCUUGCACAGACAGCGUCAAGACAGUACAGGAAGCUCCUUGGCCUCCGAUGACUCAGAGAAAGAUGACGUUGAUGUAAUUGGGUAUGACAGUGAUAAUCGCAGUAUUGCAUCGGAUCUGAACAGCAGUGAUGGAGACCUUGCGGUCGCUACCAAAGAGAUUAUCAUCACUGACUUAUAGCUCCGGAGAGAAUUUCUAUUCACAAAGUUUAACAAAAAAUAAUCUUCUUUACUUGCUGCUGUGUUUAAAGGAGUUCAAGAAAAGACUGUCUGUGUAUUAACACCCGAUGGAGAUAUCCGUGGCCACGCCCGCUGGCCGGUCUGCUGAGGAGUAACCAGUAAAGAUAUGAAAUAUUCAAGUGCCAAUAAAAAUAUAUCACAUUCAGGAAAUGGAGAAAUUUUCAGAUUUAAAGAGUUAGAAGAAAAGUUAGGUCAUUUUGAAUGGCGACUAUUUAUGGAAUAGCAUUUGGGCAACAUUUUAUGUCAUUAGCUGAAUAGCUGAUAAUGAUUGGACAAUGCUUGUUGACCAGUGAGUAUAAGAAGAGAAUUAAUUCCAAUCAGUACCUCGACAAUACUAUUUCUCCUGUUGAGGAAUACCUGUCAUUCAUACUAUGUAGAGCUUUCAUUCAUGGAGUAUUUUCCCAUCAUGAAUACAUGUACAUUGAUAGGAAAUGGUUUAUGAGAUUUAAAACAAAAUAUUUGGUAAUGCAUUCAGUGGAAUUCGAAAUUUCAGUUGCAUGAACACCCACAAUUUGAAAUUGCAUGUGUGUUAAUAAUCAUCUCUUGUUUAAACAACACGCGAGUUCAAUGUUACGGGCAUUCGGAAGUCCUUGUGUAUUGAUAAUGCCGACAUGGCAGUCAAACUUGUCAUGGUUUCUUUUUUAAUUUUUCCUGUGGAGCUACGGGACUCUGUCCGUCAUACACUGAAUGUUUACUAAUAAUGAUGUGUGUGAAAAAUGUUUCAGUAUUAAAAACUUUUUGGAGGGAUUUCCCUCCGUGAUUCUUAUACUAGUUCCUUCUGUUUACAUCCUCAAUUGCUGCAAUGAAAAAAAAAGAGAGUAAAGUUACUAUCACUCUAGAUGCUGCAGUACAUCUGCCUUUUUUGCAUAUACUCAUGUACACUUCCUCCGACACGAUUCCCUUCACAUGGUGCUGCAUGGCUGCAUUUUGAAGAGCAAAACUAAAGUGUUGAUUGUGAGUGGACAAAUUAAAGCCAGAACAAAACACUCAAUGCAGGUAUACUACAGUGGAUUUGCAUUUCGCAAUGAUUAAGUGGCUUAUAAGUGCCCUCUAUUGGCCAGUUUGAGACAGGCUGUUCUGGAGCUAAUUUGCAAAGCUUCAUACUGGCAACUGAUUGAAUUGGCCAAUUUGAAGGAGUCCUAAAUUCCAAAGUUCCAAAGAAUUUUGCAUGGGGUUGGUCAUGUAGUUCAAGUGCAACCGGAAGAGAUAGAUACUGUAAGUUCUACUUGGGUGUUCAGAUAUAAAUCAUGCAGAUAAGAAAGUCACUAAAUUCUCCAGGAGACAAAUUGCACUGCACAUUGUAAUGGGUUUAUGGGACCACGCACAAAUCUUGUAUGAUUUUUGUGGCUUGUCUUUUCAGCUAAUAUUUGUCAUGUUAUUCUGAGAGCAUUUUAAGUACAUCCUUUUUAGGGGGACAGUCGUACUAUGAAAUUCUUCCUCAUUAUUGUCAGUAAAAUGAGACAGAUUAGAAAACUGAGAACCCC